AUGUCGGACCGUGUAGCGCAAAUCGCCUCUCAUCUCAACUACCCCAAGGGUAUGCUCGCCGGCCAAGUGGCCAUCAUUACCGGCAGCGGGCAAGGAAUCGGCGCCGAAACAGCACGGCUUUUCGCCAACGAAGGCGCAAAAGUUGUAGUCUCCGACAUUGACGCGAAAAAAGCCCAAGAGGUCGCAGACAGCAUCAACGCUGCUGGCGGCCAGGCCAUCAGCGUCCCCGGCGACAUGCUCUCGGCGGACUACAUCCCCGAACUUGUUGCCAAGGCCGCCUCGUUUGGCGGUGGCAAAAUCCACCACCUGGUCAACAACGCAGGCUACACCUGGGACGGCGUCAUCCACAAGAUGACGGACAAGCAGUGGGACACCAUCAUUGCCCUGCACUCAACGGCGCCCUUCCGCCUCGUGCGCGCCGCUGCCCCCUAUUUCCGCGUCAAGGAUGGCGAGAACCGUUGCAUCGUCAACAUCAGCUCUACCUCGGGCGUCCACGGCAACGCGGGCCAGGCCAACUACGCCAUGGCCAAGGCGGGAGUCACCGGCUUGACCAAGACCAUCGCAAAGGAGUGGGGGCCCGCGUUUGGCGUCAGGGCAAACACCGUCGCUUUUGGGCACAUCAAGACGAGGUUGACGGACGCGAAGGAGAAGGGCGCGUUCGUAGAGGGGCCUGGAGGCGAGAAGAUUGCACUGGGGAUUCCCCAGGCGCAGAAAGGGGCGGACCAGCAGGCGCACGCGGAUAUCCCGCUGCGGAGGCCCGGAACGCCGACCGAGGCGGCGUCGGCCAUUUUAGCUGUCGUCAGUCCGCUGUUCAGCUACCGUAAACAGAACAUCCAGAGCAGGCAGAUCGAGUGGCCCAACAUCACUGAACAGAUUGGACAAGACGCCCUUGGCGUACUCGACAAUCUCAUCGCCGCCCAGCUUGCUGUCGCCGUAGACACGGUCGACAAAGGUGAUGGGCACCUCGGCGACGGUGCAGCCCAUGGCCUUGGCGCGGACCAUCAUCUCCAUCUGGAACGUGUAACCCUUGCUCUCGGUGCUCGAGAUAACCUUGUCGAGGAUGCUCUUCUUGUAAAGGCGGAAGGAGCCCGUCAGGUCGCUGACGCCGGGGCGCAGGACUGUGUCGGCGAAGAGAUUGGCGCCGCGGGAGACGAACUUGCGCUUGAGGUCCCAGCCGUAGACGCCGCCGUUGCCAGCGUAGCGGGUGCCGGUGACAAUGUCGUAGUUGCCCUCCUUCUGGCGAGCGACCAUCUGGGGGAUGAACUUAGGGUGGUGGGAGAAGUCGGCGUCCAUGAUGAUGACAAAGUUGCCCUUGACGAACUGCAGGCCGUGGACGUAGGCGGUGCCGAGGCCCAGCUUGCCAGUGCGGGUCUUGAGGAUGACGUGCGGGGAGUAGGCCUUGACGAGCUGGUUGGCGACCUCUUGGGUGCCGUCGGGGGAGCCGUCGUCGACGAUGAUGAGUUCCCAGUCGAGCUUACUGUUCAGGGGAUGGUGGUCAGCAGGCGUUUGACUGUGAGAGCGGCUGCAAAAUAG